AUGACUACCAUAUUGCUACCUGGAAAAUUUUAUGCAAAAAAAGUAUUUUACAUUAGGUUGCCAUUGGUGCAAGGUGGCACCAUAUCGUUUUUGGUGCCGACUCUGGCGAUAUUGAACCUGCCACAGUGGCAGUGCCCUGUGCCGGAAGUCUUAAAUCAGAUGUCUUACGAGAAUCGGACUGAGCUGUGGCAAAUUCGAAUGAGAGAACUAUCGGGGGCUAUUGCCGUUUCCGCUUUGUUUCAAGUGAUUAUUGGAUUUGGAGGUAUUGUCGGAUAUUUACUGAAGUUUAUAACCCCGUUGACAAUGGUGCCAACGGUUUCAUUGGUUGGACUGUCCUUGUUCGAAAACGCAGCGGACGCCGCGUCUCAGCACUGGGGUAUCGCAGCUGGAACAAUAAUACUGCUGACGACAUGCUCUCAAAUAAUGGUUAAUGUGCUAUUUCCGUUUCCAAUAUAUCGCAAAAACCAAGGAUUUAAAAUUAUCUGGUUUGAAUUAUUUAAACUCUUUCCGAUUUUAUUAACAAUUAUCAUUAUGUGGAUAAUUUGCAUUAUACUAACGGCAACUGAUAUGCUACCGUAUGGUCAUCCCGCCAGAUCCGAUAGUAAAUUGAAAAUAAUAAGCGACUCACCCUGGUUUCGGGUACCAUAUCCCGGACAGUGGGGCAUGCCUACCGUAACAUUAUCAGGGGUAUUUGGUAUGUUAGCAGGAGUACUAGCGUGCACAAUCGAGUCCAUCAGUUACUAUCCAACUACUGCGAAAAUGUGCGGAGCUCCACCGCCACCGAUUCACGCGAUCAAUCGUGGUAUCGGCGUGGAAGGCCUUGGUACCAUGUUGGCCGGACUUUGGGGUAGCGGCAAUGGUACGAAUACGUUUGGUGAGAAUGUUGGCACAAUAGGAGUUACCAAAAUCGGUAGCCGUAGGGUUAUACAAUGGGCAUGUUUGCUGAUGAUCCUACAAGGCGUGAUCAGUAAGUUUGGCGCGGUAUUUAUCAUAAUUCCUGAACCGAUAGUGGGCGGAAUAUUCUGCAUAAUGUUUGGGAUGAUUUGUGCUUUCGGUCUGUCGAUAUUGCAAUAUAUAAAUCUCAAUUCUUCGAGAAAUCUGUUUAUCUUGGGCCUAUCUAUAUUUUUUCCUUUGGUUCUGUCGAAAUGGUUGAUUAAAUAUUCGGACAUAAUACAAACGGGAAAUGUUAUAAUAGAUAGUGUAUUCACUGUACUACUCAGUACCACUAUUUUAGUCGGUGGAGCAUUAGGCUGCUUUCUGGAUAAUAUCAUACCAGGUAAUGCAAAAGAACGUGGAUUGGAAGACUGGGCGAAGGAAAUGGAAUUAACCGAUCGCAGUACGACUGAUAAGAAAGUUGACGAAAUGUCUAAUGUCGAAUAUGUCACGAACACUUUCGACUUUCCAUUUGGAAUGAGUUUGCUCAAAAGGUGGAAAUGGACAUUUCAUAUACCGUUUUUACCCACGUAUAAGAGAUAAUAUAAAUGUAUUAUAUUGCUUCAAGAACGCUCUUUUUGUUAUGAUUUAUAAUCGAAAA